AAUGACAGGAAAGAAUCAAUUAAGAAUAGCAUCAUUUAUAAUACCUUAUAUUUAAUUUCUGAUUUCUAUUUUAUAUUUGAUUUGUUAUCCUUUGAGUUUGAUUUUAGAUAAUGUUCUUGGUAGAAGAUGUAAAAGAUAUCAUUUAUAAUAUAUCCGUUAAUUAAUGUAAGUGUGUUAACAAUAAGAUAUAAUAAAACCAGAAGAAUUAAAGAUAAUAGUGUCAGUGAUGGAAUUGAGAAAUAAAUAUGUCAUUCAUUAUAUAAAGCCUUUUGAAAGAGUUUUUCAUAUUCAUUCAGAUGAACCUUUCUGUAAGAAUUUGAUUCGCAAAUUAAAAAUAUAUUAAUACUCAACGAUUCCAAUAAUUGAGAAUGAUAAUGUGAAAGGUUUUUUUAAAUCUAAAGAUAUAAUCCAUUUAAAGGAAUCGAAUUAUGGAUAAUUCGUAGUAGAAUAAGUAAAGGUUUAUCCACCUUUAAUAAUAUCUAGUGACACAAAAAUGUUAGAUUUAUUACUAAUGUUUCAAAAAUAAAAGACAAAGAUUGCUUUUGUUAUGAGGUAAUAAGAACUUCUUGGAAUAAUUUCUCUCAAAGAUUUGUUUAAUCAAAUUUUAGAUGAUAAUUAUUUAGAUGAAGACAAUCAUGGCACUGUGAGAAUGGACCUUACAUCAUAAUCAUAGUCAAUGUAAACUAUUUAUUGAUA